AACGACGCCGUUAUACACCAUGAGAAGAAACAGGCCGUUCUUCGAAACAUUCAACUGAUUUACUCAUUCAGCAUGGCAGCGAAGGAGGAGGCUGAGUCCAAGGCAGGAGACGAGCUGGGAAAGUCAUUGAAUGUUCUCUUCACCAGCAUAUCCACCAUGGUCAAAUCUGAAAUCCAGGAGACGAACGAUACUUUAGAACUUUUGAAGAUGAUGAAUCUGAAAGUGGCGGAUGAGUUCAAAGGAUUCGGCGAUGUGGCUUCUGGAUUAAGAGUUUUUGUGGAGCAGUUGAAGCUGAAAAGCAGAAGCUUUGAUGAGUAUGUUCAACAGAUUGAUGCAAUCGAGCAGCAAGUCACGCAAUUAGAAGCCGUGAUUUCGAUGCUUGAUGAAUAUGUUUGUUUGCUAGAAGCAAAAAUGCGGAGUGUUUAUCAGCGUCAACAUCCACCUUUGUCUUCAGAAUUGAGCUUCUAAGGUUGUCUUGAAAUGAUUCUGUACAGUCUAGUUCCAAUGAAAUGUCGUUAUUUUUUUUUUUUCAUGUAAAUAAAUUUUGCGACUUUUUGGAAGGAGUCGCCGAGAUGGCGAAUUCCAGGUUGCUCAAGUGCUGUCGCGUCGCGGCGGUGAAGCCUGGCCCGGACUGAAUGAUGGAUCAACCUGUUACGGUA